AGUGAUAAAUUAAUGUUAGAGACAGCAGUGUUUGUACGAUGCUGGCUAAGAAACCUCACCUCAAGAACACCGUUCUGCCUUGCCAAGACCAGGACUUUGUAGGAGGCCAGAGCUACAAUUGCCCGUAUUCCACUACAACGUCAGAAUCUAGUGUUGACGUUUCCACGGAGACUUGGGUCUCUUUCUGGGCUGCUGGUCUCCUGGACGACAGAGAGACCCAACAAGCACCACAGGCACAGGAAUCAUCUAGUGACUUGAAUUUCCCUCUUCCUAACUCUUGUUCGUGGGAAGAGGCUCAGCUUUCCUCUCAGCUCUACAGAAACAAGCAGCUCCAAGACACUCUGGUGCAGAAGGAAGAAGAACUUGCUAGGUUGCAUGAAGAAAACAAUCACCUCAGACAAUACCUGAAUUCUGCUUUGGUUAAAUGUCUUGAGGAAAAAGCCAAGAAAUUACUGUCAUCAGGUGAUUUCUCCAAAGCAUAUGGAAAACUCAGAAAGGGGAAGAGAAAACCCAAGGAGCAAAGCUAUUUUCCUCCUGAGAUCCCCCAUCGAAAAAAUGCCAAGAGGAACCUCUCCAGUGAGUUUGCUAACUGUGAAAAACAACCUGGACCCCCUGUGGAUCCCUGGGUCCUUCAAACACUUGGGUUAAAAGACCUCAACACCAUUGAUGACACCUUAUCAGCUAACUACAGUGCCCUCUCCUCUCAUCCCAGAAGAAUCACCAGCACAUUUCCCCAGUUUCCAGAGCAUGCAGUUGAUUAUGGAAACGCCCCCGGGGAGGAUCUGCCAAUUGACUAUGGAGGUGAGAGAACAACCCCUUCCUGCAGCACUGCCGACCCUGGGGAAGAUUUUCACUUCCUUUCUCAACUUUCCAAUCCCCCAGGAGCACUGCAAACUCCUCCUUACUAUACUUCAGAUGUGUCACCCAAUAAGACGGAGAUGGCCUUUUCCACGUCCUUGAGCCCUCACUGUAACGUGAAAACUCAUUCCUUCCACCAGGGACAAGCCUUUGUUUGUAGAGAUGAGGCAGGAGGCUGGAAGUUUACCUGGGUCCCUAAGCAGUCUUAGUGACUCCACUUUUAUCACAAAGUUCUGCCAUGAACUCUGUUUACAAAGACCUCUCUUGCACUUGAACCUGACUGUGUGGAAUACUGAAGUUAUUUCCCAGACUGUCUCCUGCCACUUUAAAUGUCACUCUCAAUUACACACUUAAAUCUGCAGGGAAUGGUUUCCAAGAUUC